AAGCGACCUAAGGCUAUAAAGGUCUUGCUCUUGGUUUGCAGCUUGUUUACAACCCCACACUGUGACGCGCGUCAACUCUUCCAAGUCCUUUGCAACAAUGGGUUCAUCUGUAUCUAAGGUUCCUGCUCAAGUUUCGGGCGCCCCGAACGCGACAUCUUCAUCUGAGUCCUUCGACGAGAAACGCUCUGUUCGCUCACAGAGAUCCGCGUCACCCACAGUGGCUUCGUCGCCCUUGGCAACUGACGGUUCAAUUUCACUGCCUAAUGUUGAUGCCUGGGAGUCUGCCGCUUCUGCGGACCCCAAAAUCCAACUUACCCGCACAAUCCUUGCCAAUAACAACUUGAGGACGACCCUUGUCAGUCGUCCGGCCCAGGUCGCCAUCCCUCAUGUUUUCAAUCACGAGGUGGAGUUCAAAACCGCGCCUGUUACAAGCCAGAAGUCCAGCGGUAGAUGCUGGCUCUUUGCAACGACCAAUGUCAUUCGAUAUGAAGUCAUGAGGAAGCUGAAGCUGAAGGAAUUCCAGCUCUCCCAGUCUUACCUCUUCUUCUGGGAUAAGUUGAACAAGUCCAACUAUUACCUCGAGCUCUCCAUCGAGAAUGCAGACCUGCCUGUCGAUGAUCGCCUGGUCAACUUCCUCGCGAGAGACCCCGUUAGCGACGGUGGUCAAUGGGACAUGGCUCUCAACUUACUCGAGACAUAUGGUCUCGUUCCUCAGCCGAUUUACCCCGAGUCGUACCAUUCAAGUGCCUCGAGUCCCCUCAACACCCUUCUGAAGUUGAAGCUCCGAGAGCAUGCUCUCACUCUUCGCGCGCUCUCUUCAUCAUUGAAAGCCGAUCACAGUGUCUCGCCGGAAUCGGCUCUUUCGACUCUUCGUGCGAAGAAGGAGGAGCUUAUGCAAGAAGUUUAUACCAUUAUGAGUGCAAGUCUAGGUGUUCCUCCUAAGCCCGACGCUGCCUUCACCUGGGAGUACUACACUGAAGAUGGCAAGUAUGCGAAGUGGGAGGGUACUCCCCUGCAGUUCUACAAGGCUUUCACGGCCAAGUUCUCGCCGGCGGAGUCUUUCUCCCUCAUUAACGACCCACGGAAUGAGUAUAGCAAACUGUACACAGUGAAUAAGCUUGGCAACAUCUGGGGCGGACGUCCUAUUCUGUACGUGAACACUGAGAUCGAUGAGCUCAAGCAGGCCAUAGUCCGAUCUAUCAAGGCCGGUCAGCCAGUCUUCUUUGGUUGUGACGUAGGUCAAUUCUCCGACUCCAGCAAGGGCGUCGGUAUCAUGGACACUGACUACUUCGAAUACGAACAAGCAUUCAAUAUCACGCUGGGACUUACCAAGGCCCAGCGACUGGAUACCAACGAGUCUGCCAUGACACAUGCGAUGGUCAUCUCCGGCGUACAUGUGGAUGAGGAGACUGGUCGCCCCGUCCGGUUCAAGGUGGAGAACUCUUGGGGUGAAGACAGUGGCGUGAAAGGCCAUAAUGUGAUGAGUGACAAGUGGUUCGACCAAUUUGUGUUCCAGGUCGUGGUGCACAAGUCUUUCGCGACAAAGGAGCACGUAAAGAUCUUUGAGUCGGGGGAGAGUGUGGUGCUACCUGCUUGGGACCCCAUGAUGCAAGAUGCUGAUCGUUUUACCCAGGGUGCUUUGGCAUGA